GCCCCCGCUCCGCCCCGCCCUCCGUGAGCGCCAGGCCGGGCAGGCCCGGCCAGCGGGAAGAGGACAGCGCUGCCCGCCCCGCACCGGCGCCCCACGGCCGAUCGGGAAUUCACUCUCUUAACUUAAAAGAAUAUGUCUACAUCUAACAUUGCAGCAAGAGUGGAAACCUGGCUUUCAUCGACAUGGCAUGUUAAAGUUCCUUUGACAUGGCUGGAAGCAUGUAUUAGUUGGAUCCAGGAAGAAAAUACUGGUAGUAAUUUAAGUCAAGCUCAGAUUAACAGGCAGGUAUUUGAGCAAUGGCUUCUUACGGAUCUAAGAGAUUUGGAAUAUCCCAUUUUGCCUGACCGUAUCUUAGAUGCUCCCAAAGGAGAGUUGUCAGGCUUCUACUCCAUACAGAUUGAUUCACUGGUUGAUGUUAGCCAGCCAGCAUAUUCCCAGUUGCAGAAGCUGAGAGGGAAAAAUACUGUAAAUGAGGAAGUGACAGCCAGUACUCAGGCAUUCCAGAAGCCCUGGGAAGCAAAGCCUACUCGAAUGCUGAUGCUGCAACUAACUGAUGGGAUACAUCAAAUUCAGGGCAUGGAGUACCAACCAGUGUCUGUCCUCCACAGUAAUCUUCCUCCUGGAACAAAAAUCACUGUACAGGGUAAUAUUGCAUAUCGUCUUGGAGUCCUUCUUCUUAAACCAGAAAAUGUGAAACUGUUGGGGGGUGAAGUGGAUGCUCUUCUGGGGGAGUAUUCUCAGGAAAGAGUCCUUGCUAGAUUAAUUGGAGGAACUGAAAGCCCUAAUUCUGUUGGACAAGCUGGUCAUGACCAAAUUGUUUCAAGGCCUGUGGAUGAAUUAGAACAAAGUCUAGGCCCUUUGGAUGAAGAGCUUUUAGCCAGUCUUGAUGAAAAUAAUGAAUUUACUUUAAACAACACAGCAUCUUUAGAAAGUGGAUACUGCAGUAGGAGCAAAAAUUCUAGUACAGCCUCAGGUUCACUGACUGCACGCAAUGGAAAUGUUUUGCUGCAGGAAUCUGGAAGCCUUUUGCUUAAUUCAGAUGAACAAGUUUCACCUCCCAUAGAAUAUGGUGAUGACUUUUUAAAUGACUUUCCUGUAGAAGAUGACUUUCUUCUGGAAGAAGAGAUGGAAAGAGAGCUGGAAGAAGUGCUGCCAGUGGUCAUGAACAGAAACAUAGGUUUAAUUACUGAGAGGCUUCCACACCCAUCUAGCAGCUGCUGCAAUUCAUCUUUAAAUGGCACUUGUGAAAAAGUUGCUGUAAGUAAAAGAGAUAAGCCUUUAGAAGCUACCAGCAAGCAAAAAACUUUCAGAAGAACCAUAUUUGAUGGAGAUAGAAAUAGUAUGAGUAGCUUUUCACAGCAGAAUACCAUCCAUCAGACCUGCAGUUCUGCAGAUAUUUCAUUGGAAAAUCCUCCUGAAGAAAGGCAGAAUGAUACGGACCUAGAUGAGAGCAGAUGUAAAUCCCAGCACACUUCUGGCAACAGGCUCUUAAAUGAUUAUCCUGUAUUUUUCUCAAAAACUGAUCCAGAAGCAGAUCAGAAGGGGCGUGAUUUGCAGGCGUUGCCCUGCACAGCAGCAGAGGCACACAUGGAUUUAGAUUCUCCACCUUUCACGUAUAUUUCCCUUCUCCUUGCAAAAAAACCAGAAACUGUUACAGUUCUGAAAGUUAAGUGUUUUCUUGUUACUCUUACUGGAAGCCUCACAAGCAGCAACGGCUCCUGGAGUAUAAAGGCAAAAAUUUCUGAUGGUUCAGCUUAUCUUGAGGUAGAUUUUGCUGAUGAUAUUCUAACAAGUUUGCUUGGCUUUUCAGUGCCUGAAAUGAAUAGGCUGAAAAAGGAUCCAGCUUCACAUCUGAAGCUUAAGGAUGGUUUAGAGAAAUGUCAAAAACAACUGAUAGAUCUCUGUUGUUUGAUGACUAUAGAGUUUAAUCCACUUCAGUCUAAAGCCACUGUAUUAAUUCUCCAGGAUGCUGAUGCAAGGCAUCUAGAACAAUUGAAGAAACGUUUGUACAAAUAAUGUGUGCAAACUUGCACACUGUGUAUUAGGAAACAUUUAAGUCAGAUUUGCCAUGAAAGACUGUUGAAAGUUAAAUUUUAAAGCUAAGUGGUAUGUCUUUUAUCAGGAAAAGUAAUGGAAAAGUGAGAGGAGGAGAUGACCUGUUGGAGCAAAAUUAGCAGUUUGUUUUUUACGGUGACAGUACUGAAAUAAGCCUUCAAAUAUUUCUGUCUUGAUUUAAAAUACUCAUGUAUCAUUUUCAUUCUGUAAAAUCCUCCAUGUCGUUGACAGGUGACCUGGAGCAGCAGAAUUUGUCAGCAAAUGGAAAACAAUGAACAAACCGUCUUGUUAUUUUACUUUUUCAGGAAUUAUUUACCUCAUUUGUAAAAAGUAACUAUAGGAGGCUAUCAGCCUUUUCUUGGAGGAAAGCAGUUGAGUAAACUUAAAUAAAGAAUUAUUGUUUAAAUGCAGUCUCUUCUGACUAUGCCAACCUGAAAACUCCAAUACAUAUUCAGUGUAGUAGAACCUGAAGGGUAGAGAAAUGAAAGAUUUUCUUCUAAAUGUUCAGGUGUGGGGAGAAGAAACCCCCAACCCUAUACACAAAUGAGAUAAAAAGCUGUAUAUUAUAAAAAAUAAAUCAAAAA